GCCUCAUGAUAUGAUUUGUGCUAUAAUGCUCACAUAGUUUCCCGGUAUAUACCAGCUAACGGUUCCACCCUCUUCGUGCCGCUCGCUUUUGUCUCGUCGUUCCAUGAUUUCUACACCAUUGACCUAUGCUGCCUGUGUAGCGCUUUCGGCAUGGUGUGCGCAUCGCUUUCUGUAUAAAUUCAAUUUCAGGAGAAAGUCUGAUGUGCAUCGCCUUAAAUACCCUAAGCUGGCCAUUGGUUUUGGGGCCAUGAGAAAGAGGUCCUUUAUGAUCAAAACUAUAGCGAUGUUUACUCCGAAUGGAUGGGAAAAAUGGGGGCGGUUUUGAGGACGAAAGCAGCUUUUUGGCAUUCAGAUAUUCUGGUUGUUGCGGAUCCUCUGGCUCUUUGGCACAUUGACGUCAAGAAUCCCAAUGAUUAUGUCAAGUCGAACCUUUCACGCGCUUUGGUUCGGCGCCUCAUGGGGGAAAGUCUUGUAUGGGCUGAAGGUACAGAACAUAAAAAACUUCGGGCCGCCUUCGCGCCCUGCUUUUCCUUUCUCAAAGUCAGAGAAAUGGAGUCAGUGGUGCUGAAGGCUGCUGAUAUGCUGGUGGGUUCCAUGAAGAACUAUAUCAUCGCUAUGCAAUCAAAGACAAGUAACAAGUCGCUGCGAAGUAAUCCUCCGAUCAUCAUGAAUUUGAGUGGAUGGACCAACAAAGCUACACUCGACGUGAUAGGCCGCGUGGGUUUCGACUUCGACUUUGGUCUCGGGGAAUCACCGGAAGCCAGAGAGCUUUCCCGGAUCUGGGAAGAGCAGGCAAGAGAAAGUGCUACCUUUGCUGGCUUUGUUGGAUUCCUUGCAAUGCGGGCUUUUCCAUUCCUUGCGUCUUUACCAAUCAAAGCUAUGGAGAAGCAGUCUGCUUACAAACUGUAUGUUCGCAGCAUUGGGUCGAAGAUCGCAGGAUCGAAGAUAGCGCGCAUUCAAGGAGAGGAUGAUAGUAAGGACGACUCUGACAUUAUUAGUGCCUUCAUUAGGUAUUCCCGAAAGGAAGGAAGUGAAGCAUCAGUCGACAAGUUACUGGAUCAUUUUACAACGUUCAUCCAAGCCGGAAAUGACACUACCGCCACAUCCGUCAACUAUGCGCUUUUGACACUUGCUCAACACCCAGAAGUCCAAACUCAUUUACGGAACGAGCUAGAAGAUUUCGGCAGAGAACCCACCUUCGAUGACCUUCACAACAAGGAUGUUCUUAAGUUUUUGGAUGCCGUGACAAAAGAAUCCCUACGAAUGUUCCCCGUUGGGGCUCAUUCAGAGCGGGUUGCUUUGAAAGACGAUUACUGCCACUAUCGGAGCCUAUCAGUACUUCUGAUGGUGGUCUUCUGACCUCGAUCCGUAUCCAGAAAGGCCAGGUUGUAGCCAUUCCCCGUGUUUCGAUUAACACUCGUCCAAGUGCCUGGGGACCAGAUGGAGAGGUUUUCAGACCCUCUCGAUGGCUGGAUGCUGA